AUGGAAGUCACGGGCAGUGGAAAGCUGACGCGAGAAGUCUCCUAUGAAUCCCUACCACCCUUUGACGAGACAGGCAGACUUGACCUCGAUGCAUACGCAGGCGAUGAGAUCGAUAGGCUGUUCAGAUUAUUCUUGCCCAGUCGUAGCAAGGGAUCGGAGAGUUCACCAUUUUCUGAUGUAGCUGAGGCCAGUGCUCCUCCUCGCCAUUCAGAAAUUCCUCCUCCACCUUUGAAUGUGGUGAUACAACUUAUUGGCUCGCGAGGUGAUAUUCAACCUUUCAUUGCCUACGGGAUACACCUGAAACGCUACUACGGACAUCGAGUUCGACUCGCGACUCAUGGUGUCUUUCAGAAUCUUGUUGAAGGGAACGGGCUACUUUUCUUCGAUAUUGGAGGUAACCCUGAGCAACUCAUGAGCUUCAUGGUUCGUAGUCCCGGAUUGUUGCCGAGUUACAAAGCUCUACGUGCUGGAGAGAUCAAGCACCACCGUGAGGCUUUGUACAAGAUGUGGAAAAUGAUUUGGAAAUCAUGCUUCGAGAAUGGGCCUGAUGGUGUCCCAUUUGUCGCAGACAUCAUAAUCGCCAAUCCGCCAAGUUUCGCGCACAUUCAUUGUGCUGAGAAACUCGGGAUCCCACUGCAUUUGAUGUUCACAAUGCCCUACAGCCCCAGCGGUGCUUUUCCUCAUCCACUCACCAGAAUCAGCAAUGAACGGAUGAACAACAUGUCCAUAAACCGCUUAUCGUAUUAUAUUGUAGAGCGGCUGAUAUGGUUGGGACUAGGGGAGGGUCUCAAUCGGUUUCGACAGAAUGUGCUUCAUUUGGAACCGGUCAACCUUGCACGAGCUCCAAGUAUAGUGACAAAGUUAAAGAUACCUCACACUUAUUGCUGGUCUUCCUCCUUAUUACCAAAGCCGAGUGACUGGGGAGAACACAUCUCAGUGGCAGGCUAUUUCCUUCAAGAUAAUGAAAACACUUCGUUCAACCCACCAACAAGUCUCUGCGAAUUCCUCGCAGCUGGAAAGCCUCCGAUUUACAUCGGCUUCGGCUCUAUUGUUGUUGACAACCCGGAAAUUUUGACAGAGCUUGUCCUCGGGGCCGUGAAGCUCACUGGUGUGAGAGCCUUGAUUUCCAAAGGCUGGCUCGGACUGGGCGAGGGCCAGUCCUCCACUAAAAACGUCUUCUAUGUAGGCGAUGUGCCGCACAGCUGGCUCUUUGAGCGUGUUUCUGCGGUAGUGCAUCACGGGGGUGCUGGCACAACCGCGGCCAGCUUGCGCGCUGGGAAGCCAAGUGUCGUGGUCCCGUUCUUCGGCGACCAAUAUUUCUGGGGUAAAGUGGUCUACACUGCCGGUUGCGGUCCACGGCCAAUACCGUUUCUUCAUCUCACAGCUGAGAAGCUUGCCAGUCAGAUCCAAGAAGCCCUGGAGGCCGUCAUUAUACGGAAGGCCGCAGAAAUUGGUGCCACCGUUCAGACCGAGAAUGGCUGUGAUAAUGGUGCGGCAGUACUACACCGUUUUAUGAACCUCGACGCAUCGAGAUGUCACCUUAUUCGAGACCGCAUCGCCGUGUGGAAGAUAAAACACUCCGAAGUUCAGAUUAGCGCCCUAGCUGCCGCGGCCUUGGUGGAAAGUGGAUGCUUACGGUACAGCCAAUUGAGGAUAUUGAGACACUGUGAGUAUGAAAUGGAAGAUAGGCCAAUCGACCCAUUGUCGGGAGGGGCACUAGCUUUCCUUGGAUCGUUCCAAGACAUUGUUGAGGAGAGCUACAACCUGUCCAAGAACAUCGUCAAAGCAGCCUCACCCCGGAGAGCUCCGACCGAAAACAAAGGCGUGAAGGAACUUGGGCACGAUGAGAGGAACUCCAACUCUACCUCUGGACGGCAUGCGUCGGGAUGUAGCAACUACACCGAUGCUAAGGUCAUAGAGGGCGCUGAAGCUGUCGGCUCAUCUGAGAUACUGAAAAGUGCAGGGUCCUUGAGUAAGGCUAUCGCGUCAACCCCCAUGAAUUUCUGUCUUGGUAUUGCAAAGGGGUUCCAAAGUAUUCCAAUCGCGUAUGGAGACAGAAGCGAACGACCGAGGACGAAAGUAUCUGGAAUAGUGACUGGGGUUACAGUUGGUAUCAAGGAAUUGGCUUUCGGCUUCUACGACGGUAUAACAGGAGUGGCAACGCAUCCAUUUCAAGGAUACAGGAAGAAUAACAUAGGCGGUCUAGUAUCUGGCAUAGGCAGGGGGGUCGGAGGAUUGGUCUUGAAACCUGGAGCAGGCAUAUUUGGUCUUCCGGGCUACAUUCUACAGGGCUUGUCUCAGGAGAUUCAUAAGACUUUUGGUGAGAAUCUCGAAAGCCGGAUUGCUCUCGGUCGGGCGCUACAAGGAAGAGGCGAGCUUCAAUCUUGCUCUGCCAUCGACAGGGACAACAUUGUGAGGGAAUGGAGAAAGAUGAGUGGUUUACACCAAGGGCUUGUUAAGAGUUGA